CGGUGGUGCGGGGCAGGAGAGCAGCAGCGUAUCGCCCUGAUAGUGACAUCACGUACAGGUCGGGUGCCUCGGCGGAAAGCUAAUACCGAGGACAGGAAAGCCGCGAGGCAGCAGGGCUACAGCCGCUAGGCGGCACUAGGCGGAGUCCGCCCGGCGGUGAUGCAGUGUGGAGCGGCUGUCAUGUGACUGUUUCGGUGAGGGGGCGGGGUUUCCGUUAGAGGAAGCAGCAGAAGCAGCAGAAGCAGCAGCAGAGACGGCGCUGUAGCAGGGGAGGGCGGGGCCGCCGGGGUUAGUGUUGCUGAGUGAGAGCGAAGCAGGUGAUGAGCCCUGGAGCCGUGCACACCGACAGCGCACAGCAAUAAGAGGGAGGAAGGCGGGACAGGCAGCCACCCGGCCAUGGACUGAGGGAGACGCUCGUAUCAUUCUUCUUAUCGGGAUCAUCAUGGGGGCCAAGGAGUCCCGGAUUGGGUUCCUCACGUAUGAUGAAGCCGUCAAAAGGGUGACGGAUGUAGAAUUGAAGAGGCUGAAAGAUGCAUUCAAACGAACGUGUGGUGGUCCUUCUUAUUAUAUGAGCCAACAGUGCUUCAUCAGGGAAGUGCUAGGUGAUGGUGUUCCUCCUAAGGUUGCAGAGGUCAUCUACUGCUCGUUUAGUGGAACCUCAAAAGGAUUACACUUCAACAACUUAAUAGUAGGACUUGUUCUUCUAACACGAGGUCGAGAUGAAGAAAAGGCAAAGUACAUAUUUAGCCUCUUCUCAAAUGAAUCAGGUAGCUGUGUUGUACGGGAGGAUAUGGAGGGUAUGCUUUCUGUUGUUGAUGGAGAAGUCCCGUUGAGCCUUAAAAAAUGCUUUGCUGAGGGAGAGAAGGUGAACUAUGAGAAAUUUCGAAAUUGGCUGCUACAAAAUAAAGAUGCCUUCACAUUUUCUCGAUGGUUGCUUUCUGGUGGAGUCUUUGUUACACUCACUGACGACAGUGACACACCCACUUUCUAUCAAACAUUGGCUGGAGUUACGCACUUGGAAGAAUCUGACAUCAUCGACCUGGAAAAAAGAUAUUGGCUAUUAAAGGCUCAGUCACGGACUGGACGAUUUGAUCUGGAAACAUUUGUCCCAUUGAUUUCACCUCCAAUUCAUCAGUCUUUGAGUGAAGGUUUAUUUAACGCCUUUGAUGAAAACCGUGACAACCACAUAGACUUCAAGGAGAUAUCAUGUGGGCUGUCUGCGUGCUGCAGGGGACCACUAGCUGAGAGACAAAAAUUUUGUUUCAAGGUAUUUGACAUAGAUCGAGAUGGUGUUUUGUCUCGCACUGAACUGGAAGAGAUGGUGCUUGCACUACUAGAGGUGUGGAAGGAUAACCGCACUGAUGCCAUACCUGAAUUACACUUGAAUCUUUCUGAUAUAAUAGAUCAUAUAUUAAAAACUCAUGAUACGACAAAGAGUGGGCACCUUACACUGGAGGAUUACCAGAUAUGGAGUGUUAAAAAUGCUCUUGCCAAUGAGUUUUUAAAUCUUCUUUUUCAGGUUUGCCAUAUAGUUUUGGGUUUAAGACCAGCCACCCCAGAGGAAGAGGGACAGAUCAUCAGGGGAUGGUUGGAAAGAGAGAGUCGGUAUGGCCUCCAAUUUGGGCACAACUGGUUUCUGAUCUCUAUGCAGUGGUGGCACCAAUGGAAGGAAUAUGUCAGAUAUGAAUCUAAACCUGUGGUUAUUGAGCCUUCUCCAUCAUUAAAUGGCAGCCGACACUCACUGCCUUCAUUGGAUCAAAGGGAAGAUGACAGGGCCGGCACUAAUGUACAUGGCACUACAGAAGAUAAAUCUUCUGAUAACAUAUCUACUGCAUCAGAAGCUUCAGAAUCAGCAACGAGCACUUUCAUUUAUUCCAGCACACCAGGUGCAGACAUGUGCUUUGCACGCCAACAUAAUACUUCAGAUAAUAAUAACCAGAGUAUGCUUGGUUCCAAUGGCAGUGUAUUAUUACAUCUUAAUCCGCAGAAACCUGGGGCCAUUGACAAUCAUCCUCUGGUAAUGCAAGAGAAUGUAAAGGUACCCACCUUAACACUGGAAGGGGGGCGCUUGAAACAAAGUCCUUCUCUAGUCCGUGGAAAAGAUUAUGAAAUAGUACCAGAGCCAGUGUGGAGAGCACUUUAUCAUUGGUACGGGGCUAACCUGUCCUUACCUCGACCAGUCAUCAAAAAUAGCAAAACAAACUUUCCAGAGCUGGAACUCUUCCCACGCUAUUUGCUUUUCUUGAGACAGCAGCCAGUGACACGCCAGCAACAGUCUAACAUCUGGGUGAAUAUGGGUAUGAUGAGCCUGAGAAUGUUUCCUCAGCAUUUACCCAGAGGAAAUGUUCCAUCCCCAAAUGCGCCUCUAAAAAGAGUAUUGGCUUAUACCGGGUGCUUCAGCCGGAUGCAGACGAUAAAAGAAAUCCAUGAAUAUCUUUCGCAGCGUCUGCGCAUAAAAGAAGAAGAUAUGCGUUUGUGGUUGUAUAAUAGUGAGAACUAUCUCACUCUUUUGGACGAUGAAGAUCAUAGACUAGAAUAUCUCAAAAUUCAAGAUGAUCAACACUUGGUAAUAGAAGUUCGUAACAAAGAUAUGAGCUGGCCAGAAGAAAUGUCAUUUAUUGCAAACAGCAGUAAAAUAGAUAGACAUAAAGUUCCCACUGAAAAGGGAGCAACAGGGCUCAGCAACUUGGGAAACACCUGCUUUAUGAAUUCCAGUAUCCAGUGUGUCAGCAACACACAGCCACUAACAAAGUAUUUCAUCUCAGGGAGACAUCUGUAUGAGCUAAAUAGAAUGAACCCUAUAGGAAUGAAAGGACAUAUGGCAAAAUGCUAUGGUGAUUUGGUUCAAGAGUUGUGGAGUGGGACUCAGAAGAAUGUAGCGCCUCUUAAAUUAAGGUGGACAAUAGCAAAGUAUGCUCCACGAUUCAAUGGCUUUCAGCAGCAGGACUCCCAGGAGCUGCUUGCGUUUCUACUCGAUGGUCUGCAUGAAGACCUCAACAGAGUCCAUGACAAGCCGUAUGUUGAGCUCAAGGACAGUGAUGGACGACCAGACUGGGAAGUUGCUGCAGAGGCAUGGGACAAUCACUUGAGAAGAAACAGGUCAAUAGUCGUAGACUUGUUUCAUGGACAGUUGAGAUCUCAAGUAAAAUGUAAAACGUGUGGACACGUGAGUGUCCGAUUUGAUCCAUUCAACUUUCUCUCCCUGCCUCUCCCUAUGGACAGUUACAUGCAUUUGGAAAUCACAGUGAUUAAAUUAGAUGGCACCACGCCUGUACGGUAUGGGCUGAGACUAAACAUGGAUGAAAAGUACACAGGGCUGAAGAAACAGCUGAGUGAGCUUUGCGGUUUGAAACCUGAGCAGAUACUUUUGGCAGAAGUACAUGGGUCUAACAUUAAGAACUUUCCCCAAGAUAACCAGAAGGUCCGGUUAUCGGUGAGUGGCUUUCUCUGUGCUUUUGAAAUUCCAAUUCCUGGAUCUCCUACAUCAGCCACAAGCCCCACUCAACCAGAUUUCAACCCCAUGCCAUCAUCAAAUGGACCACACAGUCUCAUUGCAAAUGGAGGUCUUGGUCAGCCACCAAUAAUCCCCAAUGGGAUGCCAAAUACUGUAGUGCCAUGUGGAACGGAGAAGACUAUGGCCAAUGGAGUACUUAAUGGUCAUGUCUCUGUUCACCCAGAUGGCCCUUUCAUAGGCUAUAUCAUUGCUAUUCACAGGAAAAUGAUGAGAACAGAGCUGUAUUUCCUGUCAUCUCAAAAAAACCGCCCCAGCCUGUUUGGCAUGCCUUUAAUCGUUCCCUGUACUGUCCAUACCCGCAAGAAAGAUUUGUAUGAUGCUGUUUGGAUUCAGGUCUCCCGACUGGCAAGUCCACUCCCUCCACAAGAAGCCAGUAACCAUGCACAAGACUGUGAUGACAGCAUGGGAUAUCAGUAUCCAUUCACGUUGAGAGUGGUGCAAAAAGAUGGUAAUUCAUGUGCGUCCUGCCCAUGGUACAGAUUUUGUCGGGGAUGUAAAAUUGAUUGUGCAGAAGACCGCGCUUACAUUGGUAAUGCUUACAUUGCUGUGGAUUGGGACCCCACAGCCCUACAUCUCCGUUACCAGACGUCACAAGAAAGGAUUGUGGAGGAGCACGAAAGUGUUGAACAGAGUCGUAGGGCACAAGCAGAACCCAUUAACCUUGAUAGCUGUCUCCGGGCUUUCACAAAUGAGGAGGAGCUGGGAGAGGAUGAAAUGUAUUAUUGUUCCAAAUGUAGAACACACUGUUUAGCCACAAAGAAACUUGACCUUUGGAGGCUUCCGCCAAUUCUAAUCAUCCACUUAAAGCGUUUCCAGUUUGUUAAUGGUCGUUGGAUAAAGUCUCAAAAAAUUGUCAAAUUUCCCCGGGAGAAGUUUGAUCCGAGUGCCUUCUUGGUACCUAAAGGGCCAGUACAAUACCAGAAAAGGAAAGCAAGACUUCAGUGGAAUGAUCAAGCUGAACCACGUUUGAUACAGGGUGACCUGAAGAAAGUGGACUUGAUAAACUCCUGUUCUGCUGGAGAUGUGGAUGCACUCAGUAAGGUUCAGCCAAUAAUCAGUUCUUCCACAACAAAUAACAGUAAAGCAUCCCCAUCCCAGGGAAGGAAAGCUGCUACGAACUCCUCAAGUAAAAAUAACAGUCCUAACCACAGCCCCAGGUGCCUGGCAAGGGGUAAAGGCCGUCUACGUUUACCUCAGCUAGGAGGCAAAAAACUGUCAAGCAGCAAAGAAAAUUUGGAUCAAAGCAAAGACAGUGGAGGUGAUAAUGAAACAAAAGAGACUUUGGAUCAGGUAGAGUCAAAUAAAGGACAUGUUUUGAGUGGAAGUCAAACAGAGCUAGGUACAAAUCAGGACACUGAGGUGGUUUUAAUCAAUGGACUGAAUAAUGAGCAGAACACAUGCAACAAUGGCCAGCUUGAUAACCACACGGGGGAAGAGGAGGACAUCACUGAUGACCAAAGAGAAGACAUCUGCUGUCAGCCUAUCUAUAACCUUUAUGCAAUUUCGUGCCAUUCAGGAAUAAUGGGUGGAGGUCAUUAUGUUACUUAUGCCAAAAAUCCAAAUGACAAAUGGUACUGCUACAACGACAGCAGUUGUAAGGAGUUGCAUCCUGAUGAAAUUGAUACAGAUUCUGCUUACAUCCUAUUCUAUGAGCAGCAAGGGGUAGACUAUGCACAAUUUCUGCCAAAGAUUGAUGGGAAAAAGAUGGCAGACACUAGCAGCAUGGAUGAAGACUUUGAAUCGGAUUAUAAAAAAUAUUGUGUGCUGCAGUAAAAUGGUUGUUUCUAUACAGUUAAUGUAUACAUUGGCGUAAGAAAGGAUGAUCAAAAGGAGACCUAGAGAAUAAUGUUAAGCUGUCAUUAAUUAAUCUAAACAUACUGGUGUUGAGGUCACCAAUGCAUGUAGGGCCAUUCAACAAAUAUAGGUAACAUGGCAUUGUUUGUUUUAAAUGUCCUAUUUUGUUCAAUAAUAUUUUAUUUAUUUUAAACUUUUUUUUUUUAUGUCCUGUUGAGCACUGUAUUUGGGGAAAGCAUAAUAAGCCAGCAAUAACUAUUCUGAGCUGCAAAAAACACGAAUACAAUUUGAAAAUAACUUAAAUGGUUUAAAGCAGUUUCUGAAAUGUUGGAAUUCACUGUUUAAAUUUCACUAAAUAAAUGUACUAGGCCUUUUUCAUGUGUGCUUAAGAUGGAAAAAUAUCAUGGCUUACAUAGUCUUCACUCUAGAACCCUGCACCUAAUUAUUGAGGAUGGUAUAUUUUAUUUUUUAAGGGCAAACGCUACAGUAUCUGUAGGGAAACAUCACGUCUACAAUGUUGCCUCUAAAAAUGAAAAUAUGCCCUCCUCACUGAUUAGGUGCAGGGUGCUAAAGUGAGCACUAUAACAUAAAUAUGUUUGAAAAACACAUUUCCUUGUUCUAUUCCUUUGUCAUGGCAAUUUCCAUUUUGGACAGCUUGAAAGUACAGUAUCAGAGAGCAUUUGGCUUCAUUGUGAAAAAUAAACUUCAUUACUAAAACCAUGCACUUGCAUCACUCUGAAACACGGUGCUAUUAUUUGCAUGCACUUAUAAAAAUGACAAUGUUAACUAUAGAUUUUUAUGACAUACCAAUGAAAAGCACUGCAAAAUACAUUAUUCGUUUGCUGUGACACUUUUAUAGAUUAGUAGGUGUAUUUAAUUAUGGUCGGAUUUUCCGGCCCGUCCAAAAACGCCCGUUUUUCAGGCGAAUUCGUGCCUGCCCUAUUCAAUAAAUUAGACAGGUCGGAAAAUCUGACCCUGUCGUAAAGUACGUGUAUCGGCGAAUUCACCACCGAUACACGUACAUUGCGGAAUUUGAGGGCGUUUUCUAGAAGUUUUUGGCCCGUUUUCGACAAUGCCGAUUCGACUUUAAAAAAAAAAAAAGUCGGAAUGGCAUUGUCGAAAACGGGCAAAAACCUGUCAAAAGUGCCCGCAAAUUUAAUACUGCAGUGUCGGAUUCUCUCCGUCCUAUUGAAUACACCCCUAAAUAUACACAAGAAGAUAAAAUACCAAUGUUUUCAAGUCACAUGUAUAAUGUGGAAACAUCUGAGCUUGUUUUAGCGUGUUGAAUCGUCUUGAAUAAGGCUGAGGCAUUUAAAAGUACAUUAAUGAUUUGAGUCUAGUUGAAGAAAACUCUGUGGGAAUUUAUACAAUGUACAUAUUAAACGAAACGUUUUGUGCUAGUGUCAUAUUUGUAUCUUUUCCUAUCUAAGCACACAUGAUUUAAGAAAAGGCAAAAUAAAAACAAAACUUUAGUUCUUGCAGGUUUAUACAAAAUAACAUGCUACUCUUUUUUUGUCUUCUGAGAGACAAGUAUCUCCCUGUUUUCUAAAUUUAAUGCUGAAGCAUCAGUAAUGUUUUAUGGUAUAUGAAUUGGCUCUUCAUCAAGUAAUUUAUACAUCGUUUUAUAAUUUACCAAAUCCACUUCAGUUUUCCCUCUAAACUGGGUGCUCUUAAAAUAGUGAAAACUUAAUCUGAAAAGCACUUCAUGCUGAGGUGCUGCAGUGAGAAUGUGCUGUUUAGUGUAACCCAGCAUAAUAGACUACUAAACCAGCUAAGUUUUUACCACUGUUUUAUUCCGAUUGCUCAUCUUAAGGGGAGCAGUCAACCACCUGGAACAUGUAUCUCUGUUUAGUUAGAGUACAGACCUCAGAAGGUAUAUAUGAGCUUCCUCCUCUUAAUAUUUUAUAAGAUUUUAUUGAUCAGUGAGUUGAUGUGCAUUAAUACAAGACUUGAUUUUUGUACUCUUUCUGCAAUAGUUUCGGGGAAAUUCAUGGUUAUGUUUUUUGCAUUACACCAUCCAAGGUUUAUACAAAGGACAUACACAAACUGCACACUCAUUGAUUAUUAACCUUACUGUGUCACCUUGUGUAUAUUGCAAAUAUGUUCUAUUUCAUAUUGUAAGGGACUCUAAAAGCUUGCCAAUUUCAGUGUUUCUCAGGAAUGUUUCCAAAGUUGUUAAUGAUCAAUAUACGUUGCAUAACACGUCGAUAUGUCUUUAUUCAUUACUCAUAAGCCCUGUUAUUGAUGGUCUGUGGUGAGAUGCAGAAAUGAAAACAAAAAUGGCCAAUGCCUCAUCAUUUAUUAUUUAAAUGCAUUUGUAUUCUUCUUUCAGAUUGACAGCUAGAAAGUAGAACCUGUCUGUCAACAAGUUUGCACUGUUAAUAUAUAAAAUUUUUACCUUAAAUUAUCCAGCUACUCCCCUCAUCAAUAUUGUAUCUAUUAAGCUCUACAUGUCUUCAUUAUGGCUUUCACCAACACACAGAUAAGCACAAUAUCUGACAUGUAUGGACCGCAUAGUGUAAAUCAUUCUGUCUCCAGUUAAUCUUUUCCCCGUUAUGUAAAUAUGCAAACUGAAGUGCCAUGUGAUUACUUAUAGUGAAGACGGUUGACCAGAUGAUUAACCAAAGUAUGCCAUUGAAAUGUGACCGUGUUUCCAUACCAUAACACUUUGCAUUGCCAUACAAGCAUAAGCCACUAUGUAUGUUUUGUUGCCCACUUAUAAAAUUCCUUUGUCAGACAGGUACAGUAGCACUGAUUAACUAGAUCUUCGUUUGCCACAUGAAUUAUAGCCGCUGUGUAAACUACUGGUUUAUAGACAUAGGAAAUGAAUUAAGUACUGAGACAAAAAUGUACCAAGAUGUUCGGUAACAUAGCACGUUUGUAAGCAUAGAUAAGUGUUUCAUUGUGCGCAGUGCUCUAUGGUCGUUAUAUUCAAUUUACCUUUAAUUGAAACAGAGACCCAGUAGUAGGCUGUUUACAUUUAUUUUCACGUGGAAAGUAAUAUUUUUAUAGUUCUUUUGAUUUGCCAAAUUAUAGAUGCUUGAAUAUUUUUUUGCAUUUAAUUGAACAUCAGCUCCAUCUGGUUAUUACAGUCUGUCAGAUUAUAGCUUUAGGCCAGGUAAACAUUGAACGAUAUGGUGAUAUUUUGCCUAGUGUGUACCUGCGAUUGCGCACUCCCAGCUGUCAUAAGCAGGGUCGUCCAACCUGACGUGCUGUAUGUCAGAUAGGCCGACACCGCUAACGACGGCAUGCAGGUGAAUGAUAACGAUAUCUCCCGGUCGUGCAGUGUGUUCUGUCACACAAUAUAUCGUACCAUCGGUUCUCAGGUCAGCUGGGGGGGACAUCAGUAUAGUGCAAAUUAUAAGCAGAUCUUUGGAUGGCUACUUUGUUUUUUAUUAAGCUACUGUUAAUAUCUGCAGCAAUAAUAGAGCAUUGGGCUGAUAUUGCAGAGCAUACGGCCUCAAAAAUAAACCGUAAAUUAAAUAACCAUCAGAUCGGCUAAUUAUUGGGCAUGAUGAAUUCAUUUGGAGAUGACCGCAGUUGACCUGUGUGUGGACACCUGUCACUCGCCCCAAUAUUGUGAACUUGUACAAGUUCCCCACGUACAUGGAAAUACCUGUUUCUUAAUAUGAAUGUUCUCCUACCAUAUCUAUGUCUCCUAUUACUUUUAAACGUUUAGUUACCACAGUGCAUCUCAUUGUUCUGAAUUUGUCUACAGUAUAAGUAAAGUCAUGUGUGUUAUCUGUUUAUUAAGUUAGACAGUGUCAAAAGCUGUAUAGGUGGAAGUCGGGAACUGUUCAGAUAGAUAAUAUGUAAUAAAAAUUACGGGUUAACAGUGUUAGUCAUCCUUCCGGGCUCACAAGUUCCAUCCUAACUAUGUCCGCACCCAUGUUUCCCAAUAUAUUUUAGGAUGUGCCAGUAUAACAACACAGUUUAUGCCUCUAAAUUUUCUUACAUAAUUAAAACAAAAAAAAUGUGAAAAAGUGCAUUUAUUUGUUAUGAACAAACUUUAGUGGGAAAAAGAUGGAGAUUGUUUAAAUAAUCAUAUUUAUGUUGGUAGCAUACUUCUGUUUUUUAAUCUUAUUUGUCUUAUGCUUGGUUGUAAUUAUUUUUUUAAAUUAUAAAAUUAUAUGAGCUCAGAAAUUACCAGGACAUUUAUGAAAUUAACCGUUCACUAUGUUCACUUUGUAAAUUCAUGUAUAAAUAUUGACAAUGCACUGACUUUAGAAAGAUUUUUAUGUACAUAUGUGCUCUGUAAAUAAAAUAGUGUUGAUGUUAUUGAAAUAUGAGAUGUAUAAAAAAAAGUAUUGGUUAUUGUACAUGGAGUGACCUUGUUAACUGUAACUAUUAUUCCAACAAAUUAAAAACUGUGGAUGCA